CUUCUCCAGCCGUGGAGUGCGCACACUUUUACUUGGGACUACGUACUUCGUCCUGCCCUGCUCCUCGCCUGGUCAGAAAGGUGUUUGCUAGAAGCACUGCCAGGGCUGAGCAUGCUGGAGAAGGCUGCAGACACUCCCUCUGAGGGCAUGUGCAGCCAAGGAGAGAGACAUUUCUGAGGACAAACAAGUGGGCAUGGGAGGACGCAAGAUGGCCAGAGAUGAAGAGAAUGCCUACGGUUCCCAGGACCCGGACGACCAGCAGCAGCCGCUCGCGCAGGAGCGCAGGCUCAGGCUCAUCCUGGCCGGCAGGACCGGAGUGGGCAAGAGUGCCACGGGCAACAGCAUCCUGGGCCACAGGCUCUUCCCGUCCAGGCUCGCGGCCACCCCGGUGACCAGAAGCUGCGCCCUGGGGAGCCGGAGCUGGGCCGGGUGGCGCGUGGAGGUCACCGACACCCCCGACCUCUUCACCGCCCAAGGCCGGCACGCGGACCCGGACUGCACCGAGCGGGCCAACUGCUACCUGCUCUCGGCGCCCGGGCCGCACGCGCUGCUGCUGGUCACGCAGCUGGGCCGCUUCACCGCCCAGGACGAGGAGGCGGCGCGCGGCGUCCGCGAGCUGUUCGGCGCCGGCGUCCUGGCGCGCGCCGUGCUCGUCUUCACGCGCCGGGAAGACCUGGAGGGGGGCUCGCUGCACGACUACGUGCGCGCCACCGACAACCGCGCGCUGCGGGCCCUGGUGGCCGAGUGCGGCGGCCGCGUGUGCGCCCUGGACAACCGGGCGGCGGGCGCCGAGCGCGAUGCGCAGGUGGGCGAGCUGCUGGCGCUGGUGGAGCGGCUGGCGCUGGAGCACGACGGCGCGCCCUUCACCGACGACGUGUACGGCCUGGCGUGGGCCCGGCGCCACGCGCGUCCCGAGGACACGCUCCGCCUGGUGGCUGCGGGGCUGGCGGCCCGCGGCCUGGGGCGGGGUUGCGGGCGGGGGUGGGGGUGGGGGCGGCGCUGGCUGGAGGCCGCGAAACGGAGGUGGCGGCUGGUGCUUCUGCUGCUGGGGGGCGUGCUGCUGCUGGGCCUGGUGUUCCCGCGUGGGCCCCUGUCUUUGCCUGAGGGCCGUCCUGAGUGACCCUGUUAGAAGGACUUUGACCCAUCAACUGAAGAACACGUUCCCCUGCUGGUAUUGUGCGUCUCUAGGGCCCACAGGCUCUUCCUUCCUCCCUCCUAUUCAGAGCCCUGCCUUGGGCCAACUCCUACAAUACCUUCCCAGAGGUUGAGCGCUUCCCUGAGCUCUCUCUCCCUUGAGUGAAGCCGAACAACCAGCGUUUCUUUGGUCUGUUUUCCACCGAUCAGACUGCCUCUCCUGUCGUUGAACUGUCUCCGCUCCUGUCUUUGCCUUCCUGUCCUGGACUCCCCUCAGAUUAGGGUGAAAGCCAACAAUGAUCAGAGCCUCAGGCCAUACUCGUUUAUUUGAGUUAUCUGAAUUGAAUAAAUAAACGCACUAAAUCACAUUGUGUUUUCUUUAAAUAU